AUGUUGCUUAAAACAAACAUAUUAAAACAAGGUUGGCAAAGUUGGCGCAAAUCUGGGCACAGAUCAUUCUUCGGAAAGCGAAAAAUAUACGCCCUUGGAACGUGCAAUCUUAUCACCGAACUGGGCAAUGUUGCCCCGGAAAGACUGGUUCCCGAACACAUUGCCAAACCUGCAUACUAUUUCGUCCGGAAUUCUCAGAGUUCUGGCGAGGGAGAGCCGGAAAUAAAGUCUAGCGAGCAGAUUAUGGGAAUGAGACAAAGCUGUAAGCUUGCGGCAACUGUUUUGAAUAAUGCUUGUUCAUUUGCAAAGGUUGGAGUUUCUACUGAUGAUAUCGAUGGGUUCGUGCACGAAGAAACGAUCAAGGCGAACGCAUAUCCUUCCCCUUUGCGCUAUUUGGGUUUUCCCAAAUCUGUAUGCACGUCCGUAAACAAUGUAGCGUGCCACGGGAUACCGGAUGACCGAAAAUUGCACGAUGGGGAUAUUAUCAACAUAGACAUCACGGUAUUUUUCAAUGGAUACCAUGGAGACUGUUCGAAGACCGUACUGAUAGGCGAUGUGGAUGAUCGGGGAAGGUAUCUAGUGGAAAGCACUGAACGAUGCUUAGCCGAAGCAAUUCUUUGUUGCGGUCCCGGUCAACCGCUCUGCGUGAUAGGAAAAUCGAUAGAAAAAUUUGCCAAGCGCAAGAAACUAACAGUAAUGCCAGCGUUUGCUGGCCAUGGCAUAGGCAGUUACUUCCACGGACCACCAAAUAUUCUUCAUUUCGAUAACGAUUACCCGGGUGUAAUGAUUCCUGGCAUGACCUUUACCAUUGAACCGGUGCUUACAUUAGGAACGUGCGAGGCUGAAGUACUUGAGGAUGCAUGGACAGCUGUGUCCAUUGAUAAUGCUCGUAGUGCUCAAUUUGAACAUACUGUUCUCAUAACUAACGAAGGUUGUGAAGUGUUAACGGUGAUCAGUUAA